AUGACUUCAAUCGGCAAUUCUCCAGAGGCGCUGGCUCCGCCGCAGAAACACCCGACAUUAUACUCCUCCGAGUCGUCGCCGAACAUCGCCGCCUCAGACUCCCCCUCACACUACUCGUCCUUCUCGAGCUCCGACAGCGAUGAUCCGGUCCCCCUGUCCGUCGCGGACGCCGACGAAGAUGCCGCCGGUGAUGUGGUCGGGGUCAGCAUUGGCCGCCAACAAAGCCGCAUGAAAGCCCGCGCAACGCCCCUGGAAGAGAAGAACCGCGUGCUAGAAAAGCAGGGGGAAUAUUUCGCGACGAUCCCGGAUACUGUCGGCGAAGACGGUCUUUUCGCAUCGCACAUCACGGUCGAGCCGGAGACGGUGGAACUCGAGACCGAACCCGACGUACAGCAAAAAGAGCGCACGAGUCCUUCUGUUCAGACGCAGCUGCAGCGCCGUGUUCCACAUGGUCCCCGCAGUGAUCUUUUUGCCCCGGGUUGGGGCAAGCCCCCGGCUACGGCGGAACAGAAGGAUAUAGCUGUGAGCCACCGGACUAGUUUUGUCGGUAAUUUAUUGAAGACGUCAUUGCCUCGUCGGCCGCGUGCCUGGUCUGGCGAGCUGAAGAAGUUCUUGCCGGACUUGGCGUCGUUGAGGAAGCGGCCUUCGCUCUCGUUCCGCGGCCCAGGGAACGCGCAGAAUCGAUCGCGCAGUCAGACCGUGGCACCCGCUGUUAAAAAGAACUUGGAGCAGAAGAGAACGUCGUCGCUGGAUCGGCGUUCUCCGCCCUCACCGCGAGCAUCGAGGGGAUCGAGUGGCUUCGGUCAUGAUGAUGAUGGAGAGGCCUCUCAGGCAAUUUCUGAGCUGCGAUCCCCUGAUGGAACCUCAGCUGCGAAGCAUUCUUUUGCCCGGCGACCUAGCACAGCUGUGACGGGUCGGCCACCGAGUCUGCGGAGGUCAUCAUCAGAUCAAUCACUAUAUCUGCGCGCUUCGUCCACGGCAUCGUCCCUGGAGCAGAGACCACUAUACGAGAAUGUGCACUCUCAGGUGAACAGCAGAUUCAAGGCAAUCAAGGAUAGUCUCCAAGAUUCGAGCAGCAGGCUCCUCAGCAUGCCGACUCUCCACGACAUUCGCACAGAUUGGGGUUCUCGGCAGUUCUUUCCAGAGCUUGGUAAUAGCUCCAAUUCCGCUUUCAAUGGCUCUGACAAUAAAGAGACACCCCAGCGUGCUGUGAGCCCGCCACCUCUUCCGCGGAACAAUCCCAAUCCGACACAUCCCAUCUUGGAAGAAGCCAUGGCCGAGCUUGCGGGAGAUGUUGUUAUCCUGGGAGGAUACCGAGGAUCAAUUCUGCGGUCGGCGAAACCGCCUCACCGACAACUCUGGGUUCCGAUGAAGGUUGGCUUGAAUCUGCGAAAGGUGGACCUGGAGGUCGGACUGAGCCCAGAGGAUGAAGAGCGCAUGGAAGAGACAAUCAUCCCAUCGGGUGUUCUCUCUCAUGUUGGUCCCGUGGACGUCUGCCGACGAUUAAUGAAACGACUUCGCAAGAGCGACAAUGCCCAACGUGGAGACCUCCGUGUCCAUGAUUACGGCUAUGACUGGCGAUUGAGCCCUGAGCUUCUGUCCCGCAGACUCAUCGCCUUCUUGGAGAAUUUGCCGUGCAAUCAACCCCAACCAGAAGGCUCUGAGAAACCCCGUGGAGCGACAGUCAUUGCCCACAGCCUGGGAGGCCUCAUAACCCGGCACGCGGUCAACGAACGACCGGACCUUUUCGCAGGCGUCCUCUACGCAGGCGUGCCCCAGCACUGCGUGAACAUCCUCGGACCCCUCCGCAACGGCGACGACGUCCUCCUCAGCUCACGCGUCCUAACAGCACAAGUAAACUUCACCUUCCGCACAAGCUUCGCCCUCCUCCCCGAAGACGGCCACUGCUUCAUCGACAAGCAAAGCAAAGAAGAAUUCCGCGUUGACUUCUUCGAUGCCAAAACCUGGGACGAGCACCGCCUCUCGCCAUGCAUAGCCCCAGCCCUCCCAACAAACGGCACCCUAAGCAACCGCGGCCUAAAAGACCUCCCGCUUAUCGGCAAGCGCUUCUCGAUGCCUCCACGCGACGACUCAGACGAAUCCCUCGCCCAAGAAGCCCACAACCUCUCAGACACCAACCAACCAAUCUCCACAGCAGACAAGGACAUCACAGCCCGCAACCCUCCCCGCCCAUCCGCCUAUCAUGCCCCAAUCCACUCAAACACAACGCCAACCCCGUCCUCCGUCGCAACCUACGCAUCGGAAAAAGCCCACAACGCCUACGAGACGGCCCACUCCCCAGCAGACGGGUUAGUUGGACCCGUCCAACACCCGCGCGGCAGCUCAGCAACAACCAAAGCGGCAACGACGAGCACGAUCCCACGCGGCGCAGCAAUGGAGUAUCUCCAGCGCACACUGCACGAGACGAAACGGUUCAAAUCGAACCUUGCUUUCCGGCCGGCUCAUCACUCCGAGAAUAAAUACCCGCCUGUGGCUGUGUUGUACGGUAAAUCCGUGCCGACUGUAUACGGAGCGCGGGUUGUCUCUCGCGAGGGCAUCAAGCAUAUUGAUGCGUAUGAUGAUCUGGCGUUUGCGGCUGGUGAUGGGGUUUGUCUUGCUUCGGCUGCUAUGCUUCCGCCUGGAUAUCGGAUUAUUAAGGAUGGGUUGGUUAAGAGUGAUCGCGGGCAUGUUGGGUUGCUUGGGGAUCUUGAGGGGGUCGGGCAGUGUUUGAGGGCUCUUAUUCGGGGAAGGAAGGAGGGUGUUGGGCUUGGUGAGAAGGAAUUAUGA